UGCAGGGUCUUCUGAAUCGAGAAGUUAAAAUUUGGGCUUCUACUAAUGAGGAUGGCUGGUUGUUGCCAAGUGAUUCUGAGACUUGGAAGUGUACUCAGACGUUGGAACUCGUUAGUUCUCUGGAACCUAGAGUCGAAGAGGCAUUUUUCAACCAGGUUGCGGUGCUGCCCCAAGCGAGCCUGAUUUUGCUUGCAAAUGCUAAAAAGAACGCUAUUUAUGCUGUGCAUGUUGAGUAUGGCCCAGACCCUGCUUCUACUCGCUUAGACUACAUAGCAGAUUUCACAGUUGCAAUGCCUAUAUUAAGCCUUACAGGAACACAUGAUAGCCAACCUGAUAGUGAACAAGUUGUUCAAGUCUAUUGUGUUCAAACUAUGGCCAUUCAGCAAUAUGGUCUAGAGCUACCACUCUGUUUGCCUCCUACAGCUGAUAGUACUGGGUUUGGAAGAGAUCCUGCUAUUUCUCGUGUUUAUGAGGCACCUCUGGAAAUGGCAGGAACAGAGUCAUCUACAGGAACUAGUUUCACAGAUUCUUACUCUGUCAGUUCUUUGAGUAAACCAUCAACUGUUGACCAGUCUGCAGAGCUUGAUCUGAAACCAUCAGCUCCACCGCUUGCAUACUCAGAAGGUGAUGGUUCCGUGCCUCUUCCAUCUGCACCUCCUGCACCAAAGAUGGAGGCUCCUGGAUCAGGACCAGCACCUGGAGCUCGUGGUAUAGAUCAAUCAGCUUUUGACUAUACAACAAACAGAAAUGUGGAGCGUGAUGUUUUGAAAAGACAAGAUACACCCAUGCCCAUUAGAAAGGAUAUCUUAGGUAAAGAUGAGCCAAGAGAUGGUCACAGUGAUGUUCCAAUGCUUCCCAAUCCCCAUUUGAUGUUUCAGGUUGGAGGGAAUGCUACACAUUUGAUGUUCAACUCCUACCAGCACUAG